UUAUGAACGAGGACGAGUCGCGCCAUAGUCUCCAGCGCAAUAAUUCGAUAACACUGGAUUGCUUUUAAGAGCCGCUUGGGAAGGACAUCUGAUCAACCUCGUUCAGACCUCACCCGAGAGUCCCUUGAUCUUCAUAUUGCUACAUCGUAUACUCAGAUAUCGGCCAACGCUCGCCGAAAUGAGAGACUUCCUAAUUACGAGGCACAAAUUCAGCCAGGCUGAUGUCGACAAUCUCUACCUGUACGCCGCGGCCUUCUUCACAAACGCAGGGAAUUAUCGUGCUUUCGGCGAUAGCAAAUUCAUACCGGAUGUUCCGCAAACCAAAUUGGCUACAGUCACACAAGAAGUACUGGGCCCCGCAGAAUUUCAUUUCUACAACAGCCACUGUUUUCCGAGAAUGUACGACUACACUGAGAAAGUCCGACUCCUGGGAUAUUUCCCACCCAGAGGUACCACAUCAUUCUUCUCGACCAACUGCACAGAGGAAGACGGGAGAUUGAUCACAGCAUUCCUCAUUUCGAAGAAUAUCGAAGCAUUCAAUCACAGAGUCCUCAAAACUAUCGACCCUGACGGAAGAAGCGUUUACGAGAUUCGUUUCGCCUCGGCCGAAACAACAGAUGACUUGGACACCUCCCCAGAGAACAUCAUAGGGACGGCGCACGUUUACGAAGGUUCUGUGAUCAAGAUGACGCGAGGCGACUACAGGAAACUUCUGGCCGCGGUCAAUGAAGAGCUCCGAGAAGCGACUAAUUACCCCCGGAACGGCCAAGAGGCGGAUAUGCUGAACUUGUUCAUCAAAUCGUUUGAAAUGGGCUCUUUGCAACAUCAUAGACAAGCCAAUCGGAUCUGGAUUAGAGACAAGCUGCCUUUCGUCGAAUGUCAUUUCGGUUUCGUCGAACGACACAGAGAUCCUGCUGGGGGACGAGCCUCUUUUGAGGGUUUCGCGGCGACAGUGACUAACGAGAUGACGAAUCGCCUCAUGAAGCUGGUGCAAGCGGCGCCUCAAAUCACUGAGACGUUUCUGCCGUGGCCCAGAUCCUUCAACGUCGAACGAGAGCUCUCUCCGGAUUUCACGUCGCUCAAUGCUAUAGCUUUCUCGGGACAUUCCAUCUACUCUGGCGUCAAUCUUCCACACUAUUCUGAAGUCACGCAGAAUGAAUGCUUCAAGAGCAUCCUAUUUUCGAAUCACAUCAUACACGAGCUUGUGACGCAUUUCUUCACGCCGAGAGAUUCCGAACUCCUCCUCAAGCAUCGUGUGAAAGCCACUGAAGCUCAAGUGAUUUUCCGCGAGCUCUUCGGUCACGGCACUGGGAAGGAGCUGCGAGAAAACCGUUUGGGGAAACUGAAUUUCAGACGGGACCUCGUGGAUCCGCUCACGGGGAGAUCUGUAUCGAGCUGGUACAAACCAGGUCAAACAUAUGAAAAUGUCUUCGGGAAGUUUGGCUCCUCGAUGGAGGAGUGCAGAGCGGAUGCCGUGGGAAUUCUUCUGACCUUGGAACCCUAUAUUCUGAAGUACAUCGGUGUUCCCGACACGGAGGCGGAGAACGUUGCCUAUGCCAACUGUCUCUCAAUGAUGAUAAAAGGACUCGUGGCUCUCAAGACUUACGAUGUGAAGAACAAAGUUUGGGGCAAUCCGCAUGCUCGUGCGCAUUUCGUGAUCUUGAACGUGCUCCAGCAAAAAGUCCCGGGAUUCGUCUUCGUGAGAGAAGUCGUUGACAGGAAUACGAAUUCGCGUAAUCUCGAGCUGGCCAUCGACAGGGCGAAGCUCGUUGCAAUCAGGAAACCUCUACGGGAAUUCGCGCUGCGAUUGCAUGUAUUCAAAUCGACAGCUGACUUCCAAUCCGCCGAGUUUCUGUACGACGAGUUCUCGGAUCCCGCGUCGAGAAUAGUUUCGUUGAACAAGAAAUUCUCUGAUAUCAGACACAUCGUUGACCAAGUCGUCAAGGAAAAACCACUGGUGGUUCAGCCAAACACCUUGCUCAGAGGCUCGGAAGCCGUUAUGAUAUCAUACGAGCCCACGGUCGAGGGCUUGUUGAGAUCGUUCAUGGAACGUUUCAACAAGAUAGAAGAAAAAUAUACAAUUCUGAAGGAUAUUUACGUCCAAGACAUGCAUCAUUUCCCUUGGGAGGCUUCUUGUUCUUCACCGACAUUUGAUCAACUUUUUUCCUCCCCCUCCUCCCAAGGUACUGAUGCUAAGGAUUCGUAGAGAACUGAUAUAGCUAAUGAAUAAAGUGACUCAAGGGUAUUCCCG